AGGCGGCAAGAUGGCGGCUCCCAUGGAAGUGGCCGUGUGUACGGACUCGGCGGCCCAGCUGUGGAGCUGCGUGGUGUGGGAGCUGCAUUCGGGCGCCAAUUUGCUCACGUAUCGCGGCGGCCAGGCCGGACCCCGCGGCCUGGCGCUGCUCAAUGGCGAGUACCUGCUGGCGGCGCAGCUGGGCAAGAACUACAUCAGCGCCUGGGAGCUGCAGCGGAAGGACCAGCUCCAGCAGAAGAUCAUGUGCCCUGGGCCUGUCACCUGUCUGACCACAUCACCCAAUGGCCUCUAUGUCCUGGCGGGGAUUGCGGAGAGCAUAUAUCUGUGGGAGGUCUCCACGGGGAGCCUUCUGGUCAUCCUGAGCCGCCACUACCAGGACGUGUCGUGCCUGCAGUUCACGGGGGACAGUAGCCACUUCCUGUCGGGGGGCAAGGACUGCCUGGUGCUGGUGUGGAGCCUGUGCAGUGUGCUGCAGGUGGACCCCUCCAGGACCCCGUCCCCCCGGCACGUCUGGUCUCGCCACACCCUCCCCAUCACGGACCUGCACUGUGGCUUUGGGGGGCCCCUGGCCCGGGUGGCCACCUCCUCCCUGGACCAGACAGUGAAGCUGUGGGAGGUCUCAUCGGGCGAGCUGCUCCUGUCCGUGCUCUUUGACGUGGGCAUCAUGGCCGUGACCAUGGACCUGGCCGAGCACCACCUCUUCUGUGGCGGCAGUGACGGCGCCAUCUUCCAGGUGGACCUCUGCACCUGGCCUGGCCAGAGAGAGAAGAGCUUCCAGCCGGAGCAGGACAGCGGGAAGGUGUUCAGAGGGCACAGGAACCAGGUGACCUGCCUGUCCGUGUCUGCUGAUGGCAGUGUGCUGCUCUCUGGCUCCCACGACGAGACUGUGCGUCUCUGGGACGUCCAGAGCAAGCAGUGUAUCAGGACGGUGACCCUCAAAGGCCCCGUGACCAACGCCUCCAUCAUGCUGGCGCCCGUCAGCAUGCUGAGCUCAGACUUCAGGCCAGGCCUGCCCCUGCCCCAUUUCAACAAGCACCUUCUGGGCGCCGAGCACGGGGAUGAGCCGCACCAUGGGGGCUUCACGCUGCGCCUGGGUCUCCACCAGCAGGGCUCGGAGCCCAGCCACCUGGAGAGGGCAGAGCAGUUGCUCGGGGUGAUGAGCAGCACAAUGGAGAAGAGCGUCCUGGGCAGCCAGGACCAGCUGCGGAUCCGCGUGGCCGAGCUGGAGGAUGAGCUGCGGAACCUGCGCAAGGUCAACCGCGAUCUGUUCGACUUUUCCACGCGCAUCAUCACCCGGCCGGCCAAGUGAGCCCGGCCCAUGGCCCAGCGGACCCUGCAGCCCGGCGGACCCCGCCCCUGCACGGAGACCCACAGCGCCCAAGCCCCGCGGCCCGCUGGGAGCUUUCAGCCCCACGAGGACUUGUGUUCUUCAGGCCACUGAUGUUUCGUGUGGCCUUUUGGUGCUGUUCCGUUUUUAACAAAAGAACUAAAAGCCCCUUUUCUCGGCCUGUCUGUGUGCCGGGGGGGGCGCCUCAGCUCCCGCGCCCGCCAGGACUCGUGGCAGGACCUGUCUCGGCAGAACCCACCCGCUGGGCCCCGUUUCUAAGACUUAGUGCCCAGAAGCCAUGGUUCUCAGACUUCAGACGUUUGUCGGCUGCCCCAGGGCCUUGGCUCAACUGUGAGGGCUGGGCGACACUCGGUAGGAGGAGGCAGGGGGAGCCUCUGGGGUGGGAGGUGGUUCAGACAUAGCAGUGUGGUCCCUCCGGUCCCGUCCCUCUGAUGACCUCUCAAGCAUCCCCCCAACCUGGGUCGGGGCAGCCAGCUCAGGUAGUGACCAGUCCCGGGCCAGGGUCCUCCAGGAGGGACGCGUGCCCACGCAGCUCAGUGAUGUUUCCCGUUGCACAAAGGGUCCGAGGGAGGCCAGGUGUCCCUACUGCCCUGGGGACACAACCUGCAGCCUGCCAGCACCUGGAGCCCAGCCCAGGCAGUCCUUGGAACCUUCCGGAAAGCUGUCCCUAACAGCCUGGCUUAAUGGUGCAGAAAAUCCGUGUGAUUCAGCAGGUGCUGUGCUAGCUGCAGCUGGAGCCAGCAGUCCACGCUGGGUUUGUGCCCUCGGGCGGAGGGACGGCCCCUUCCUCGGGCUCUGCACCCUGGCUGGGCGUCCAGCCGCACUACAGCUGAGGUGGGGCAUGAGGGGGGUUGCCCCAUUCGUGCCAGGUGAGGGGCCCAGCUGGCUGGGGACAUCACUCCAUAAGCCCCACCCCCCACGGAGCGGCCCCUUAAGGCCAGGAUGGGGAGGGGUCACAGCAGGAAGGGGCUUGGCCAGGUCCUGGACGGUGCCACCCCGCACAGGGCUGGGGGCUUGGCGCUCCGUCCCCCACCCCAGAGCGCGCCAGAGCACCGGGGUCUCCUUGUUCCCAUCUGCGGGCUGGCCCCAGUCUGUCCUUGCCGCUUGGUGUCCAGAAGGUCUGGAAGGAAGGGGAGAGCUUCAGGUUUGGCUCAGACUCCCCAGGGACCAAAGACCCACCUCACGUGCCCGGGCCCUGGCGAGGGCCCCCUCCAAGCCCCCCGGUGCCUGUGGCCUCCGUGUGGCCUCAGCUGCCCGCACGGCUUACAUCAUUAAACGUUUUGGAAGGA